AUGGGAGCGAAUGCCGCUGCGGCCACCGACGUGGUGCGGCUGUAUGUGCGAAUGGGGACCGUGAUGCUCCUCGGCUCGCUUGCGCAGCCGCGCAAAGUCCGAUUCGAAUUUGAGCGCUGCGUAUCUGUGGGGACGGUGAUGCCCGAAGUCGCGUCCGCGAGCGGCGGCGGAGGAGGUGCGGUGGACGCGCUGCUGUUGUGGGACGUGUUUUUGGGUGACGCGCUUUUCGAGCGCACGGUGUGCGACGCGGUGCAGCUGUUCGCGUCGCCCGACUGCUCGGGUACUGCAGCGGCAGAGUACCAAAACACGGUUUACCACACAAGGGACAUGAGUGCGUUCAAGAUGGACGCAUCUGUGAAGUCCAUCCGCUGCGUUCUCUUCAUGCCUCUCCCCCCAUUCUUUCCCCCAUGCCUCUCCCCCCAUUCUUUCUUCCAUGCCUCUCCCCCCAUUCUUUCCCCCAUCCUUCUCCCCCCAUGCCAUUUCCUCCCAUCCCAUCCGUCUCACCCCUUCCUCCCAUGGGAUCCAGACGACAUCUGCAACCGUGUCAAGUGCCCGGAACACUCCACGUGCAUCAAGACAAACGACAGCAUGGAGGUGGCAUGCCAGUGCGCCCAGGGCUACCGCAACGUCUACGGCAAAUGCAAGCCCGAAGAACCUUCAACCGAAUUGUGUGCUAAUCGUCCAUUCUCAUCUGUUGCACAACUCUUCCUCCUUCUCUCCCCUUCCCCGUCCCUCUGUCCUCUCUUUCCUUCCCUCUUACCAUCUUCUCCCACCAUACAUCCCUGUGCUAAUUAUGCAUUCUCGCCUUGUCUGUUGCAUGCAGAGCCCUCCAGCGCCACUGCUCUGCCGAGAGCCAUGGCACAAACCCUCAAGCCUCUCCAGUGCUGUACUGGGCCCUAA